AUGGCGCAGACGCAGCCCCAGCAGUACUCCUCCCAGCCUUUCUCGCCUCCCGUGUCCUCCCCGUCACCUGGUGCCGGGUCCCCAGUGAAUGGGGGCAUCCCGCCACCUAAAAGACCUCGUCUCUCUCCGUUGCCGCAGCAGAAUCAGUCGCCUUAUGCGUCUCCCAACUUUGCAACGAUGCAGCUCCCGCCGAACCCGUCGCCGUCCAUGAACGGCACGCCCAUCAACGGCACCACUCCUCCCACGCCUGCCCCUCCUCCCCCUCCCGGCCAAGCGCCGCCUCCUGGUGUCAUGGGACCUCCGUCCCGCCCUGUGGAUAAAGCAACGGAUGCGGCAGAGUUGACUGAUGUGUUGGCGUCGUCCGGGAUUGAUGUCAGGGAAGAAGAGGCCUUCUUGACUAGCAGCUACUCAGCGCCAGGAGUGCAAGUCCAGCAACCACCCCGCCCGCAGCAACCACCACCCAUCAACACCUCCUUCGGCUCGCAAAUCUCCUCGGGCGGAACGGUCUCGACGGCGACAAGCUUCACGGAUCCGUCGCUGAUCAAACCUCAGCCCUCGCAGGACUCGUUUUACAGAGAACCAGCUGCCCAGCCGCAUGUACCGUUCAAGGACCCAAACCAGCCCACACGAGAGGACACAGAGGCGGCAAGACGUGCUCAGUACCACCUACAGGAGCCUUUCCUUUUCGCCAAAGUUCUCGAACAGCGAUUACAGCGACGCGGGUUCGAGUUGGGCGUUCGCAUACCUGCCGAGGGGCUUUUCCAUCCUGUUCCAGGACGGCCGCAGCCAAUCGAAGUCACCGGCCCGGAUGGUUCGUCGAUCGUACGAACCGGCCAGACGAUUCUGAACCAAGAAGGUGCACCUCUGGUCGACAUCUUGAAUCUGUUGUCGAUAUCUUGCGAAGAACGCCUCCGCUCUGUCAUUGACUACUCAUCGACCCUGUCAAGGACCCGCCGCACUCACUCGCACGGAUUGGUGCCCGUGGAAUGGACUGACCUCGCUGCUGCAUCUUCCGGCGCUGCUGCUGCGGGUGGCGACCCUGCUUACACCACUCCGCUAAAACGGCCCCGCUCUGCGAUGGAAUCCAGCUCAGCCAAGAGUCUUUCUGCGCGGUGCCGCAUGCUGAUAGAACAGGACCAAUUGGCCGAGGAGAUGCGGACCGCGAAACGUACCAAACGCAAUACCAGCGCGAUUUUGGGCGAGAGCACUGGCAGUCGACCGGACACGAUGGACAUUCCGCCUUCCACCCCAUCGACUCCGAUGGGAGAAAAGGCCCCGGUGAUUGAUAAGAAGGGCAUGACCAAGAAGGAAGCGAAGAAACUCAUGGAUGCGCGAGCCAGCGAGGCGCAGCAGCAUCAGCAGUCGGUUGAAACGGCGCGCAUGGCCACCAACAGCAUGCUUUCCGGCCGUAUGUUCGGCAGCAAGAAGACGUACUCGUGGCUAAACCCCCGGCCGCCCGGUGGCAGCAGCAGCGGCUUCUCGACCCCGUCGCGCGCCCAGACGGCCACGCCGGUUCCGGGGACAGACAAACCGGCCGCCAAGGGGGGCGACUCGAGCACAAUGGCAGUGAAGAAACUGGGUGUCUGGCGGGAAGACAGGGAAAAGGGUUCUGGGAUCCAGGUGCGAGACAUCCUCUUCAUGCUGGAGUUGGACGGCCGCGGGUCUCGCCAUGUACAAAAGGCGUAUUCGAAGGAUGUGAAGGAGGACCGACUGGAUUGA